GGGGCGGGUAGGGGAGGGCCCAGCGUCUGAGGGCCGCUCAGUCUCCAUGGUGAGGCGCCGCGUCCUUCCUCCCGUUCCUUGUACUCUUCCCCAUCCUGCUGCUGCUGCCGCUGCUGCUCGCUGGACACUGGCACAGGCGGGACACGGCCCGGGGCAGCGAGGGCCCAAAGACCGCGAUGCAGGGAGACAGGGUGCUGGACGAGAGGCUGCGGGCAGUGUUGGCAACGGUGCCUGGGCUGCCCCGGAUCAGCGAGGGAGCCCAGCGCCUGGAGCAGGGUCUGGCGGGCGAGCUGAGCGAGCUGCGAGCCCAGCUCCAGGAGUCGGGCCUCCUGUCCGGCGCUGCCUCUCGCUCCGUCAGCUCUGUGAGCGUGCCCAAAGACGCGUCGUACUUCCGUCGUGAACGUGAGCUGCGGCUAGCACAGGCCUUGCAAGUGAGUGGCGCGCUCCCCGUGCAGGUGCAUGCCGACGCGAUCCUCGCUGAGUUGAACACGUGCCUGGCGCGCGAGCACAUGCCCGGCAGCCUGCCGCUACUGCUGCACCAGUUCUUCGUGGACCGGAUGCGUGAGUUGGCCCGGCUGAAGCACGUGCUUAUACUGCGCUGGGAGCGCUUCUGUUGUCACGUGCCGCAGAUGCAGCACCACUAUGCCGCGUACCAGCAACACGUGGCACUGGCGCUGCGUGAGUACAGCGACGCUCGCGAGCGGGCGCGACGCCUGGCCGCCGCGCGCGACACCCUCCUCGCCGGGGUGGGAGCCGGAGCCGACGGCACCGCAGGCCGCGUCGCCCCGGAUGACUGCGCGAUCUACGCUCGCUGGCUCGUGGGGCACCUGCGCUCUGUGCGGCUCGUCCACUCCUUCGUGCGCUUCCUGCAGUGGCUCCCCGUGUCCCACGGGGCCCUCGCGGAGCCCAGGGGCUCGAAGCAAGAGGAGGAGCCUGAUGGAGGGAACCAAGCAGAGGAGUCUCCUCCUCGGCCUGGCAGCACCAUCCAGCACAGCAGCGCACUAUGUGCGCGCGCAGGCGUCACGACCGAGAAUGCCGAGGAGCCCUUAUGGGACGGGGGCCACGGGCAACACGCAGAGGCCUUCAUGCCUCAGCUGCUGUCGCUGCUGUCUCACUUUGGCGUGGACUGGAGCCCACCCACCCCACCUGGUGUGCCGGCCAAUGGAGAGCUCCUCGCCAUGGUGUCUCAGAAGUUUGGCAGCAUCUUCAAGCGGCAGGAAGAGAUGAAGUGCUUCCCCGUGUACAGCCAGGUGCAGCCAGGUGGGGUGGGAGCCCUUGGCACAGUUGGUGUGGCCAGAAGAAAGGAGGCAACCUGGCUCCCCUACAUCAAGGUGAGGCCGUGCCAGGACCCGUGGCAGGAGACCGCCAUGCAAGAGCUGAGGGAGUGCAGGCGACGGGAUGAGCUGCUCCACGUGCUUUCACAGUUCCUGCAGAUUUCAAAUGCGGAGAGGGUGAUGCUGGUGCUAAAGAAGCAUGCAGCCACCAUGCACAGACUGGAGGUGACGGGGCAUUUACAAACGACCGACAGCUCCCACGUCUGGAGCGAGAUUUAUGGCAGCCCGGCUCUCUAUCAGAAUAGUGGCGACGGGAGUCCGUCCCAUCCCGGCGAGGAGCCGAGGCCCACUCACGUUCCACGGACCAGCCACACCACAGCAAGUGCCAGCAGCGGGUAUAGCCUACGCAGCGCCCUGCAGCAGCUGGGCGUGGACGAGGAGCGGGACGAUGAGGACCGGGAGGCCGGGGUAGGAGGCCACGUCCGGAGAGAUUACCUUGCCUUCAUGUUCCUCCGCCACUUGCGCAUACGCGAGUUGCAGCGCGAGUGUCUGGGCCUGCUCAACUACUUCCGCUCGGUGGAGCGCUCCAUCACCAUCGACCAGGCCGGGUUGAGCUGGCAGCGUGGCUCCAUGGGGAGCACCUCGGGGGGCUGGGUGGGAGCGGCACGGGGGGGGGGCGUGCCCCUCCCAGGGAGGGUCGGCUCCCAGGAGCACCUCUACAACUCUCCGGCCGACUACAUGGUGCGUGAGGUGGAGUUCAUGGAACUCACGGAGCUGGAGAAUCAUCAAGACUUCUGCAGCGAGGAGGGCGCGGGGCUGGUGCAGGUUCGCGACCCGCAGGGCGUGCUGGUCAUGUACGAUGUGGCGCUGAGUGACCUGCGCCAGCUGGAGGCCGAGCUGCUGCUCGUGGCUCAGAGCUGCAGUGCCCUCGCCAGCACGGGCACCGGCACCACGGGGAAGCGGGCAACACACGAAGAGGGGGCCGACAGAUUCUCUCUGCUCAUGGAGCUGUGGGGCUGUGAGGCCGCCUUCCUGCAGGACAAGCGACAGCUGGUGGACUGCUACUUCCAAGCGUACGAGCACUCCCUGGACGGAGAGGAGAGGGUGGCGCUGGCUCAGAUCAUCGCCGACACGGUCCACCAGCGGCCACGCUUCGAACAGAGAAGUAUCGACUUUGCUGAGACGUACCGCAUGGAGAGGGCCUGCCUGCAGACCCUGCACCAGCUGCUCGUGGGAGUCAUGGACAGACAGGUGGCCGCCAUGCGCGACUAUGCUCGGAGCGUGUGGCGCGACGGGGAGAGGGGCAACACGCUUGACUACGGCCUACCUCCUCGCAUCGUGCCCACCGAGCCCAUAGCGCUUGCCAGCACCAGCAGCGCUGCGACAAGGCCGCUCUCGCUGCUCGAGGUGCACCCUUCGCUGGGGCUCGUGUGGCGCGUCACCCAUGCGCUGCGCCUCGCCUGUUCCGAGCUCUCUCCGCCGCCAUCGCCGCAGCGGCUCCCCUCCGGCACCGAGCGCCUCCGCGUGGAGCAGCGCGUGUUGCGUGCGGCACUCGCCACCUGGGCGGCCGCCGAGACACCCGAGCUGGACUACGGUGCCGCCGUCCACAGAGAGUUGUUCGGGGAGGGGCUCCUGGGCGACCCGUGGUGUGUCUGUGAGCUGGGCUCGGCGCUGGUGGGCGCCGGGGAGACCCGGCACGGUGGGGAGGAGACGCCGGGCCAGCGGGCCGAGCGGGCCCUCUCCUCCUGGGCGCUCCUACUGGACGUCCUCUCGCUGCGACACCGGAUUGCCGAGUCGGCGCACGAGACAGCUCUGCUCGCCCGGUUGUACAAGGGCCUGGUGGGGCGCAUGGGCUUCGAGGAGUGUCACCUGUACCUGAGGCCUGUUCCCUUCGAGUUUGCUUCUCAUGGAGAUGGAGCCGGGGAAGGCCCAGUCUUCCUCACGGCCACACUGGAUGCUGACGCCAGUCUGGACCGAUUCAUCCCUUCGCAGCUCCCGUUGGCCAUCAGUGAGCUCGACGAGGCACCAGUGAAGAGGCUCAGCUUCCACUCGCUCGAUUCUCUCAUGCAGCUCAUGAGCCGAGCAGGAGUGGAGUGCCUCCAACUGAUACUGCUUUGCCAGGUGACUCACAAGAACGGACUGGUUGCAGCCCUGCAGCAGGCCAGCUUUUGCCAGCUGUCACCCUUGCCUCACAAGUCAAAGUCGGCCGAGGACUCGGAGGGCUCGAGCCGCCUGAGCUCGGCGUCCGUGGGCACGCCGAGCGCGUCGGGACGCUCCGAGUCCGAGUGGGGGGGCCCCGCCGGUGCCCCCGGCCUCUCCGCCAAGCACCCGUUCCUUGGCAAGAAAAGUGUGACGUUCGCAGACACCCAGAGCUCCACAUGGCUCGCGGCGCAGGCGUUCGUGUCGCUGCAGCUGGAGCGACGAGGGGCACGCGACGCCGCGCUGCGCGGAUUCCUCCGCUGGAAGGGAGCGCAUGGAGCGCUCGCCACGCACGUGGAGGAGGUGGAUAAAAUUAAAAGAAUCCUCAUUGUGGAAUUUUGCCAAAGUGUGGCAUUGAGGAUGGCCCAGUUCUCGGCGCGUGGGCAGAUCCUGGCAAGCUACGCGGGGCUGCGCACUGCGCUGGCCGCCAUGCCUGCACUGCGCGACUCGCACUUCAUGCUGGGGGACGGCAGGGAGAGGAAGGGGGAGCGCGACUCGGAGUCUGGACUCACGGCCGAUCCCAGGCGGCUGCAGGCCCGGCCGCGCCGCGUCCUCUCCGCCGACGGCAGAGUCUUCCUCAAUGCCUGGUUCAUCCCGCACCCUCGCGAGGUGCUGCAGAUGUUCAGCACCAUGGAGGACGCGCACUGCUACCGCGCCCUGCGCCUGGUGCUGCGCAUCGCGUGCGCGCUGCACGACAUUGUGCUCACACUGAGCGUGAGCGCGCUGAGCGUGUGCACACCGCUCGGCACCUCCCAGCUGCCCGGCGCGACGCAGCUCUCAUCGUGCAGGGAGACCCACGCCAUCGAGAGCGAGCUGCAUGAGAUCCAGAGGCAGCUGGAUGAGCUCAAGGACCCCAGGAGCCCCGAGCAGGCGGCCGAGCUCCUGUGCCGGUACCGCCAGGUGACGCUGCUCAAGUUUGAGGCGGCCAGCAGCGACAGCCUCAGGGCCAGCGGCGCCGUGCAAGUGAGCGAGGAGGCAAGCACCACGCCCCGAGCGCUGGGUGUCCCUGCCGCCAGCCUGUAUGGAGCGGCGCUGCGCCUGCCGCGGCCCGUGCAGCCGGGCAGCCCGCAGGCCGCGGAGCUCUUCCCCUGGAGGUCAUUCCUGAACACAGAGGGGCCCUACCCGGGGAUGAUCGGCCAGCUGUGGCAGACGCAACACGGCCUGCAGCUGCGUCUUUGCGGACUGACGGUUAGCGGGCGUCGGGCCCUCAACGGUGAGAUUCUUGGCGUCUCGCUGCUUCUGGAGGACGUCCUGCAGAGAGCGGCCGCCGGUGGGGCCGCGUUUGUCGUGGCCCCGCUGGCAGAACGCGCUCCUCACGGCAGCGGUGAUGACGACGACAACGACGGGGGGGGGACGCUGCUGGCCCCACCCCUCCCUGGCGCGCCGCGGGCCGACCCGCUGUCGACCCUUGCACUGCUCGAAGCGUUCCUGCUGCUGUGCAAGCGGCUGGAGCUGCUCAAGGUGGAGUGGGGGCACCAGCGGCCAGGAGUGAGCGAUGCUGCCGGGCUUAGCAAGACGUACAGGGUGGAGAUCCUGGCCCCGGCGCUGAAGGCCCUCGCGUGCCGCAUGGGACUAGACGCGCCGGCGGAGGCUCGGCUGGAGGAGGCCACGGCGGUCCCAGCGGGGGCCUCCGAGGUGGACGUCCGCAUGGCGCAGCUGGAGAAGCUGAUUGACAGUUUGGAGUGCACGAUGAUUCAAGAGACACACAGGAAGAUCAGCGCAGAGCUGGCGCUGGCUGUGUCCGAGAGGGCACGGGAGGAGGCUGCACUCCCUACAGACCUGUGGAGGCACCCCCUGAUGAGUGAAAACCUCACCAAUGAGCGGCCCGCCAUCGUGGAGGACUUUGUCCAUCAUCUCCUGGAGCACGCACAGCUCUCAGAGACUGAAGUGCGGCUGGACAAAGUGCACCUCUCGCGCAGCCUGGCGACCCUCGCCUCACACGUCAUGCAGAGGGAGCGGAGCAACUUCCAGGCCUUCUCAAUGUUCUACGAGCACCUGCUGCGCCACCAGCAGCGCUUGUUGCAGCAGCGCGAGCAGGAAGUCGCCGCUCUGCAGGAGGUGGCCCAACCCACGGAGCAGCUCGACGUGCAGCGCGAGCUCGGCGAGGGGACGCUGCGGCUGCUGGUCGAGGUGACAUCUCUGCGCUCGCAGCUCGCGGAGGCGCGCGGCGCCGAGGAGCGAGCACGGCAGCAGGCGCGCGACGAGGAGCGUGCCGAGUACGACGCGCUCAUGCGCAGCCUCUGCUCCGACCUCUUCGCCGUCAUGGGCGCGCUGGACGAGUUCAGGACGGAGCUGCACCAGGAGGCACUCGACUCGGUCGCGCUCGUGCGCAGGGAGGGGGUCGAGAGUAUCCGGCUCCUCCGCAGGAAGAGCGGAGUGAGCAGGGAGGACUAUUCCCUGCAGAGGAACCUGAAGAAGCACGAGGAGGUGCAGAGGCUGCGAGAGGACAAGAGCCACCUGGAGACGCUGGUGAGCAAGAUGAGGGUGCUGAGCUACUGGAGACAAAGCAGCCUGAGGAGGAGCCACUCCAAAUCAACUGCAGAGCUACAGCAAGCCCUGGCGCGUCUACGCUCGGAGCAAGCAUGCGUGCGGGCCGAGGCUAGCGCCGAGACGACGUCGCUGCGUGCCCGCACUCAGGCCCUCCAACAGGCUCUGACCUGGGCCCAGGCCGAAGGGCAGGAAGCUCGUGCACAGCUCCAGCACGAGCGCGAGCAGCAGCUGGAGAAGUCGCAUCGCGAGCAGCAGGAGCGGCAGGUAUGGCGCGCGCGUGAGGAGGCCCACGCAAGCUCGGCGGCGCGGCUCUCCCUGCAGCUGUCGCAGAACGAGCGGCAGCUGGGCACCCUGUCGGUGGAGCUGGAGAAGAGCGAGCGUGUGGCGCAGCUCCAGCACAAGCGGCUGGGUGUGGAGAGCAGACAGAUGCGCAGCCAGCUGGAGCAAGAGCGCGGACUCAAGCUGGAUGCUUUCCAGCUCGUAGACGAGCUGCAGGGGCAGCUCAACGGCUCCCAGCCCCUCUCACUCUCCGCAGCCUCACACAGUCGAUCUUCAUUGUCACAGCUACAGGGCUACAGCAGGAGCAGCAGCAGCAGCAUGCGUAAGGUCGUGCAACUGCCCUUGGCGCCCAGGUCGGCCGCGGUGGUCCGCCAAGCCCAGAACGCGCUCACACCGGGCCCGUCCUCGCCGAGUCCACCGCCUCCAUGCGCCGCCCUGCGCCGACCAAAAACCGCUUCAGCGAGAUUGAGGGGAAGAAGAGAUCCUCUGGUGAAAGAUCUCGACCACACACUUUCCUUACCUUAACUCACUCUUAGAACAUCACAUCCACAGAUCAUCAUAACAUGCAUUGUGUCUUUAGAACAUCCCGGGACACGAUGUAGGUGUGUAUCAAUUAAAUAACAGAUGCUUAUAUUGUAUGGGUUGCUUCUUCAACUUUAGAGUGUUUGGCUGCUAUACAUUUCCACGUGAUAAGCCACUUCGUUGAGCUAUCAUUUGAGGCCAGGUCGCUUCUGAAAAAGAGCUAAAUAGCUCAGUGAGCCUUAUCUGGUAAAAUAAAAAAAUAGUUUUAAAUAGUUUAUAGUUGUAACUAAUGGGUGAAUUACUUAGAGAUUUAUAUUUUAAUAUAAAGUGGUAUGCUCAGUGUUUGGGCUUGUUCUGCAUGUUGUUUGAUGUCAUGGACAUGUGCCAUAGUUACGCCUUGCAAGCACAAUUAUUUUGCCAUAAAUGAUAUGCACUGUACUGUACUCAAGGCAAUAUAUGAUUACUCUCAUGUGUCAGUUGUACAGUUAUGGAAUUGGCCUUGUGUUAUUUAACAUUUAACACGUUUAAGAAUUUAAAACAUUUAACAAAUUCAUAAUGUACGUGGCAUCAUGAUUAUUAUUCACUUGACAUGUAAUAAGCAUCGGCUGUUUUAAGUGGUAUUUCAAAUCGGGGUUUUACGGUGUCUGUCUUAAGCAGUAGAAUUAUGUUGGAUUUUUGUUCUCACUUGGAGUCUUAUCUCAGGUCGCCACCUUCUCCACUGUAGACCAAACCCAGACAUACCUCGGAGUCAGCACUAGGUCUGUUAUCUAAAUUGUGUAGCUUACCAUAAUAAAGUUCAACACAAUAUCGGUACCAGAUCUUGGAACAAAUAAUUCCUGCCACCUGAACACAGAUCGUGCCAUCCACAACCGAUGGGAAUUCUGAGAAAAUAUUGGGGCAAUUUAAUGACGUUGUGGCUAAACUUGCCAUGGACUAAUUUUAAUAUCGGAAUUGUACUAUAUCUCUCAAUGUUAAGAGUGUAUCCUGAUGACGAGCUCUUGUGUUGCGAUCGAAACGUCGUCGUUUUUUGUUAUUUUCUUUGAACCUAUCUACGUGACUUUACCGAAAGACACAAAGAAUAGUGUAUGUGUUCACAUACCAUUGAUGCUAUGAGGUUUGUGGUGCCUUUUGAAUACGUAACGUAACGAAAAGCAACAUGUGAAUGUGUAUCGAUAAAAAAAUAUCUAGUGUCCAGGUAUAUUACCAGCUGGGCGUGGAUCAGUCGUGGAAAUUCCACAUUCAUAUGGCAAGGACGAAGAUAUCAAAAAUAGUUCACACACCUUUGCGGCUAAGUGCAAGUGCAUUAAUAAAAGAAUAACCUCUGGUA